GAUACAACACGUGUGUCCCCGAGAUACGGUUCCUGAAUUGCGGGUCCUGAGACUGCAGCUUCCGGCUUUGCAGACAAAAAAUAUUUGGCCCUGUUGGGAUGGUCCGAGUUACAGACCACGUCUUGACUAAACCUGGUCUAAAGUGUGCUCAAAACGGGGAUUAUUCUGCGACCUUGAGUUAUUGUGCGUGUCGGACAGUGCGUGUAUUCUCCUGGUGACAGGAAUGACUUAAAGAACUACAAACGUAUCGUAUGGUGUGUUGAUCUGGUCGACGACGUUUUACGAGGCUGUGUGUUUACAGCUACUGCAGAAGAUGAUAGUAUUGUUGCUGCUGGGUGCCUCCCUUUCCUUAGGCCUCUCGUACGAUGAGGUGAACUAUGGGGAAACAUACAGGAUAAGAAUACAAAGGAGGACUCACACCAUUAAGCACAUUAAACCUUACAGCUCAUCUGUGACGAUCCUGUGGAACCGGGAUGACCCUCCAGCCACUGGGGACAGCAGGACUAAGUUGGAGGGUUCAUACUUUUUGAUUAAUAGUGUAACCCAGAGAGACAGCGGCAUCUACACACUGAGAGACAAAGAUCAGAAUCAUAUGUCUACCAAGACCUUGGAGGUCAUAUCACUCUCAAGAUUUGAAACUCUCAAAUCUGGUGACCUCCUCACCUUCGGAUUCGAUCUCAAAAAAGAGUUCUGCAACAUUUACUUCUAUCCAAACGAUGAAUAUGAGAUUCCAAUAGCUCUUCAGGGGAGCAUGACGUAUGAAGAUGAGCACGAUUGUUCAGGGUUUGACAUUAACAUGGGGCAAUAUUAUUGUUCGAUUACAAUUGAACACGUUAAUGCAGGCUGCAACGGCCGCUUUGAGAUCAGGGAUCAGCACGACAACAAGGCCUCUGUGCUGACACUGGAAGUUGAAUCAUCCGUUGUUUUAGAUACACCCACAUACAUUUCUAUUGGUGGUACUGCUUUCCUUGUUGUGGCCUUCUGCUGUUGCUGCGUGAAGUGCUGCAAGAGGUGCCACGGUAAGAAGGGCUCCUCUAAGAAGAACAGAUCUGAGAGUCCUGAUGCUGAUAGUCCUGAUGCUGAUAGUCCUGAUUCUGAUGCUGAUUCUGCUACCAAUUUCCCCACGUAUAACAGAGAGCCUGUAGGACCAAGGAGAGACCAGAUCAGUCAGCCCUCUGAGCCAUUAUACCCCGCUCCGCCUUCUUAUAGUCCGUGUCGCCCGCUGAUACACAAUCCUCCAACAAGCGCGCCACCAGCUUACUCCGAGGUCACUGCUUCAGCAGCACAGGUGGAUGCUCCAACUCCCCCUGUCCCCUCUGAAGACCCUGGACCACGGUUUGAGCUCUCCAUCGGAUCUGCCCCGCUCAGUUCAGAGUCACCUUUCUCUUAUGUUUAUACUUCAGACAAACUCAACUUCCGCUGAAAGCCUUGAUUUCAAGAGGCACUCAAAUUUGUUUGUCAUUUUCGACCUGAAAGUUAAUGAAUAGUUUUCAACAUUUUGAGUGAACAGAAAAUGUUAAUGUUUAAUUAAUUAGACAAAAAUAAUGUAAAAGUUUAAUAUCAAGCCUGAGAAGUGAUAAUAACAAAUUAAAUUACUUCUGUAGAGAGCCAAGUUACCUGUUUCUAGUGUUAAGGCUAACCAACUGCUGACUUUCCCUGUUCAUCUACUGUAUAGACAGGAGAGGGAUUUCAAACAACUUCUAAUGUGUCAGAAAGGGCUCUCCCAAAUUCAACACUAUGUUCCUGACAUUUUCUCGAUUUUAACUGGAAACUGAAACAGAAAGAGACAUUUACUCCUCAAGCACUGACAAAUCUGGUUCUCCAUAUUUUUCAUAAUCUAUGUUGGUCCAUUGUGCCAAAUAUUAUAACAGCGUUCAAAGCAGAUUCAUUGUUUGUAAUGUCGAUUUAUCUCUUAAGGUAUCAGCUGUUAAGCCACAAGUGUCAUGAGCUGAUCUUGAGACUCUGCUUUAAGAUCAUGAGCCAAAGCCAUGGUUGAGAGGACGAGUAUUGAUAAAAUGUAAGCACUCUAAAUUCAGAGGUGAGAGAUGUCUCAAAAAUUGUACUACCUCAUGCGACUAGGUAAAACCUCUAAAUGUAGUAAUCUCCUCAGUUGUUUAUUGUACUGAAUGGAUUACUUUAAGGGUUUUGUGUCAUUUAUUGCUGACUGUGAUUUCUUUCAGGGAUGAUAUAAAUAUAAAGUUGCCUUGACUUUGCAAAACUCACUGUUUUAACUAGCAGACAAGUCAAUUGAGAUUAAUUUGGUGCAGUCUUUUCUAUAAUGUGGUCUGCUUGCAUAACACUUAGUAGUAAUGUGUAUUUCAGUAAGAAUAGACUUCAGAUAAGGUAUAUAUUCUUUCCUAACAUUUAUAUAUCACUAAAGAAUUGAAACCUUUUCAGUUUCUCAGGAGUCACUCGUGUAUGUAUGUUUUUUCAACUAUAUUACAGUGAUUGUGAAUUAUAAAACACCACUAGUUCCAGUUUCAUAUCAACAAUGUGCCUCAAGUGCAUUAUGUAACACCGAUGUGUCACAAAAACACCAAAUGAAAGCCAUAAACUUCCUCUAAACUUCCAAGAGCUGCAAUUUCCUUCUUUCAGCGUGUCUCUUUUUUUUAUCACGUGCACCAAACAGAGCUGCAUUUGAAGGUUUUCAUAUUUCAAAUAUGUAGUUUUCAGUGUUUUUAUUGUAUUUCUGUCCUUUGAAUGUUUUGAAUUGCAUGUUGUUUAUGACUGUUGUAUACAUAACACAGGAACAGUUUUUUCUCAGUACUGACUGGACCCUUUCAUACAAACAUGGAUAUAAUAAAAACCCUUUAAAAAGAUGUUCUAGAUAACUGAGCACUUUAUAUAUACAUCGUUGUAUAUCCAGACUGUGUCAAGUGCAUUAAAACUAAUAAUCCACUACUA